CUGUCCCGUCGAUCAAGUCUCCGAAAAACUACCCGGUUAUUGUCUCCGACGACGUAGAUCCUAUACACCUCCUUAUACCGACCUUAGCGAGAGUUUGUUCACGCGCUCGACCUACCUCCCGUAUUAUACCAUUCCGUAUCUUCGGGCUGCUCCCUUUCGAGGCUACUAAGUGACAGAUUCUAUGCUACGAUAGCAUCACCUCGAUUGCCUUUCAUGACUCUCCGACCUUAAUUCGACACUUUUCUAUUAGUUAGACGACCAGCCAAGUUCCCCGCCAGUUUGGCUACAUUGUCUUGCUUUGGACAUAAAAUUCGGAUUGACUACAUAUAAUAACGGCACAUGAUGGAUGAAUAUACGGAGGCUCCGAUGGAUAGCGAUGAUGUCUUUCCUUGCAAAGGCUGUGGAGAGAUACUCGAAGAGGGUAAAGCAUUUGAACUAGCUGGGAACCGAUGGCAUCUCAAUUGUUUCCGAUGUAACACUUGCGGUACCCUCCUCGACUCCGAUGCGAACCUUCUGUUGCUGGGAGACGGCUCACUUAUCUGCAACAACUGCACUUACAGCUGUAGCGCUUGCGGCGACAAGAUUGAGGAUCUCGCGAUACUUACUGGAGACCAGGCCUUUUGUGCUGCCUGUUUUCGAUGCCGAAAUUGCAAGAGGAAAAUUGAAAACCUGCGAUAUGCGAGGACAUCACAAGGGAUUUUUUGCAUGAACUGCCACGAGUCUCUAAUGGCUAGGCGUAGAAAGAAAUCUAAAGCCGCCGCCCAGGCAAAGGCGCGCGAAAAAGAUGCGUCGCCAAUGAUCGUUGACAAAUCUCUUCCGGCACUCCCUCCUAAUGCAAUACCGCCGAAUGCCUUCUCUGACGACAGAGUUGAUCCCGAUUCCGAUACGCCUACAGAACUAUCGCCGCGACCACGACCCGGAUACCCUCGGAACGACUCGUCAAGAAGCAAUUCGAGACCAUCUAGAUCCCCCGAACGCUCGGCCGAUCAUAGUGGAAGAGACGAUGGCUUGCCUCUCCCUUCGCGGGCUUAUCGCAAUAAUCGAAAGUCAACUGUAUUUUCGGGUAAUGAGGUCGGAGGUAGUAACGCUGCCGAUGAUCAAAGUUUCUUCAUCCCUGUUGCUUUGGACCCGAGCCCGGUGCCGUCUACAACCCCUCGGUCGACCUCAGAGGCUCUGGCCGACCCUAACAGGAAGCCAAAGGACAAAGACUACUUCAGUCUCCCCAAGCCGACUACUGGUUCGGAUCGAAAGGAUACUUCGCAAUCCUCGACGCCGCAUAUUGCUUUCCAAGAGAAGGGAAGGCAAUCUUCAUUAGAUCAUGAGACUCCACCUCCUAAAGACUUAGGCAGGAAAUUGUCCAAGUCUUCUAGGAGCGAUAAGAACGCGCCACCGAAACCAUCUCCCCCAGAAGACCGAUCCCAGAAGGCACCGAAUGGAAAGGCUCAUCCUUCAGAUAAUUUCAAGUUGCAGGAAGCACCGAAGAGUAAAAAGGCGAACUCGCGAACGAAUUCCGAAUCAAAUGCAAUCCAGGACUCUACCCUCUCUAGGGAUAGCAGCAGUUCUAGCCGAAGGAAUAGUUUGCCUCAACAUUUGAAUGCAGGUGAUAAGGCGGGUACUCCACGUAGUUCACAGGACUCUCGCCUCAAAGAAGAUGACGAGGUACGAUCUAACGAUGCUCCAGCCAUGUCAAGUAGCAACAAUGGAAAGUCUGUUGCCAGAAAAGAGCUCCCACCUGCGGCUUCUAGAAAUAUAAACGGUGCAGCCUCUCGGCCUGCCGAACAAAAGCCAUCCGAUGCUUAUAUGACCCCUAGGGCACCACCUGCUCCACCAGUAUCGGCUGCAGGUCAGGAGUCGGUGAACUCGAAUGGUGAACCCAAAACAUCGCCUAAAUUGCCCAGAUGGAGCGCGGGUGGUGACUUCAGUAUGGAUGAAGAUAUGGCUCGUAUCCUAGGCACAGAUGAGGGUUCUUCUUCCAUUCUUCGCCGGGUUUCGACCGCGGUGCGGCAUGGACGGACUAAUAGUACUGAGUCAAGUACUAAUCUUCCCCGCAUUGGCCAUACGCGAAGCGCCAGCGAAACAACCCGUACGACUACGUCGCCCCGUUGGCCUAAGACCCCUAUAGCGGAAGAUGCCUUACAUGUCAACAUACAUGACCUUACCAGUCCGAGCGAUGACCCGGCUCUGUUGAAACGACGCCUACGAAACUCGGAACAGAGAGUAGCAGAACUAGAGCGCCAGUUCAAUAACGAAAAAGAUUUGUUAAAUAUUAACCAGAAGUUAGAGGAGAAGCGCAAGACUGUUUCUGUGUUGGAUACUCAAACCGAGAUAAUGAUUCGCCAGUUGGAAGUACUGGCCGGAUACGUAGAAAGGGCUAAGGAUACUAAGCGACCUAUUGACCCGCGCGAGUUGGAGGAAUCUGCACUGAAGGAUUUUGUACAAAAGCUCGAGAAGCUGAAGCAGUCCAUGUCAGCUAGCCUCGAGCAACUUCACACCGAGCGAGAUGAACUUGUUGAGGAAAAGAAUAGAGCCAUCGCGGAAAGAGAUCGUGCUCGAGUGGAAUUUGAACAACUAGUGUCUAAGAAUGCACAGUUGGCCGACUUGAACAACGAUCUUACAAACCAAAUCCAGGAACGAUUCAAGAAUCAUUCGGACCCUAAAUCACCUCCGAACGGGCUCGGUAUUUACAACCAACACAAGGGUUCAUCGAACCACUCAAUUAGCUUAGACAGCUCCAGCAUUCAGACCGGUACGACAAUCCUUGGCGGAGAUCAGGAAGAACCAAUCCUCGAGUCAGGACCAACUGUAGUCAAGAUAGGAAAGGGCCAAGUCAAGAAGUUCAACUGGAAGAAGGGAUCAAAAGCCAUGGCCCAGAACAUUGCCAAGGGUGUGAACCGUACAGUCGUCGCCUUCCAACAGCCAGAGCGUGAGCGUCACGGGCAGCAGCUAGGUAUGGCCGGCGAGAACAUUGGUCUCCCUUACAAUAUGACCAUCGUGCCUGUUGAAUCGCCAGUUACGCAUACGGUUAUCAACGGCCAAAAUCACGGCCAAAAUCGCCAACCCUUAGACGGUGGCCGUCAAGGAUUCUUCGGGUUUAAGAAAGGGAACACGCUCCCGAGAACCAUGACGGCAACGAACAUGUCAUCCCCGGCUGUUGCAGAAGCACCGUCUGUUCUUUUCGGUUCUGAUCUAUCAGAGAGAGCUGACUAUGAACGCCGCCAAAUUCCGUGCGUUGUGACGCGUUGCAUCGAAGAGGUCGAGCUGAGAGGUAUGGAUAUGGAAGGCAUCUAUCGCAAGACUGGUGGAAAUUCCCAAACCAAGGCCAUUCAAGAAGGGUUCGAUAAGAAUGAGAACUUCGACAUUUCGGAUCCGGAUAUAGAUAUCACGGCGGUAACAAGCGUGCUGAAACAGUAUUUCAGGAAACUACCGACGCCGUUACUGACGUUUGAUGUAUAUGACCGCAUACUGGAGACAAAUUCAAUUGCAAAUGAUGCGGAUAAAUGCACCCAUUUGCAGAGUGUAUUCCAGCAGCUGCCGCCUCAGCAUAAGGACUGUCUUGAGUUCCUGAUGUUCCAUCUUCAUCGUGUCGCUGAGCGAGAACGAGAGAAUCUUAUGACCCCGAAGAAUCUUGCCGUGGUCUUCGCACCGACUAUUAUGCGAGAUCACAAUAUCGAGCGAGAAAUGACAGAUAUGCACGCUAAGAAUCUUGCCGUGCAAUUUAUCAUCGAGAAUACGCAUAACAUUUUCACAUAAACCACUUGGAAUUCUCUUAUUUGCGCCAUCCAUACUUGUACUCGACAUUUGUACAUACUAGACCGAAGGACAAGCGUGGUUCUCCGGCUUGGGAGCGAGACGACGCGGAAGUCAACAGCAUUCAUGUCUACCUAGAAAGCCCGGAGUUCUUUUUU